ACUAAUUUGAACAUAUUUCCAAUUCUUAAAACGUUAAACCUGAGGCGAGCCACGGCGGAGGAAGGGCGGAAACAGUGAAUGGAGAGAUGGCUAAGAGCGGAGCACCAGAUUUCUUCUACAAAGAAGCUCAACGACUCGGCUACGUAGCUCGUUCAGCCUUCAAAUUAGUUCAAAUCCAAAAACAGCACAAAUUAAUCAAACCCGGUUCAUCCGUUCUCGACUUGGGUUGUGCUCCCGGUUCAUGGCUUCAGGUUGCUUGUCAAAGCUUGGGUCCAUUCCAUAACGGUGGUUCCGUUCUCGGCAUUGAUCAUAAGAAAGUUAAGGUUCCGACCAGUCAUUGUGAUUCAAGGGUGAAAACCGUUGCGGCGGAUGUUAUGACUCUUCCUAAACAGCAGCUUAGAGACCUUUCUCCUAAGCAAAAAGGGUUUUCUGUAAUACUUUCAGACAUGUGUCCGUUGGUUUCUGGAAUCACGACUAAAGAUGCAGCUUUGUCAUUUGAGCUAGGGAUGCGAGCGCUAGACUUGGCUGUUGGCAAGGUUGCUUCUGUUUGCAAUUCUGAUGGUGAUAAUCUGGACGAGGUGAAGGAGCGAUGUGAUCCAUCUGGUGCAGAUGAUGGGGGAUUGUUGCGAGUUGGUGGCCAUCUUGUAGUCAAGCUUUUGGAGAGUGAAGAUGCCAAAGAAAUCAACCAGAUUUGUAAACCAUUGUUUACAAAGUCAGUGUGGCUGAGACCUAAAGCCACAAGACCUUCGUCGAGAGAGAUCUAUUUGAUAUGUCAAGGUUUAAAGUCAGAAAUAAAGAUAUAGGUUGUUUUAUGAGGUAUGUCCUGGCGAUGGUUUUUUACUCUAUAAUGCAGUGUUGUCAAAUAAUGGCUAUACCACUAUAGUGUAGCGGCUAUAGCAGGGUGGCAUAGAAAAAUUUAAACAACCCGCUAUUUUUUGCAAUCUAGGAUUGACCACGCUGCUGUAAUGUGAGACAUGUAAUUAGUAAAUUCAUGAGUUUACAUUCAAGUUUUGAUGCUAACAUUAUUUUUGAACUCUUACUUUGCAAUGCCUUUUGAUUUGUAAAGGAUUGCAAGAGAUUAUGUAUUAAUUAAUGUUGAAAAGUAACAUUUUUAUUGUUUA